UACAUUUAACCAUUCCAGUGGAUUUUAAAGUAGGUUCUUUGCUUUCUUUUUCCAGUGUGCUGGAUCUUAUUCACAUGCCUCUGCGGCAAAAGCAAAAUGGAGCAAAUCAAACUAUGAUCACAGAGUUCAUUCUUCUGGGGUUCGCAGGUGGACGAGAUGUACAACUUCUUCUUCUGUUGCUGUUUUUGGUGAUUUAUAUUGUGACCAUCAGUGGGAACCUCCUCAUCAUUUUGCUUGUUGUGUUUGAUCAGCACCUUCACACACCAAUGUAUUACUUCCUUGGGAACCUAUCUUGCCUGGAGACCAUCUAUAGCUCAGCCAUCCUGCCCAGGAUGCUAUAUAGUCUCUUGACGGGAGACAGGUCUAUUUCAUUCGUCAGCUGUGUCACACAGUUUUAUACUUUUGGCAUACUUGUUACUACAGAGUGUUUUCUUCUAGCUGCAAUGUCCUUUGAUCGCUACUUAGCCAUAUGCAAGCCAUUGCACUAUGCUACCUACAUGAAUGACAGAUUGUGUUUCCAGCUGGCUGCUGCCUCCUGGGUGGGUGGGUGCUUGGCUAUUACCAUAACAACAUCUUUAAUAUCACAGUUAGUCUUCUGUGGCAUGAAUGAGAUUGACCACUUCUUUUGUGAUUUUGGCCCAUUGAUCAAUCUGUCCUGCAGUGACACCAGAAUAAUAGACAUCUUGGUUUUUCUACUGUCAUCACUGUGUGCUCUUCCACCUUUCCUGUUGACCUUGGUGUCCUACGUUUUCAUCAUCACCUCCGUCCUGCAAAUUUCAUCCACUUCAGGAAGGCAGAAGGUUUUUUCUACCUGCUCCUCUCACCUCACUGUGGUAACAGUUUUUUAUGGAACACUGGUCAUUGUCUACAUCUUACCAAAAACAAGCACCCUGAGAGACCUAAACAAAGUCUUUUCUCUUCUGUACACCAUACUGACUCCUCUUGUCAACCCUCUCAUAUAUAGCCUAAGAAAUAAAGAUGUGAAUGAGGCAGUGAAAAAAGUUACUAGAAAGCUUGCAGUUCCUACAAGGAACUUGUAG